AAGGAAUGAAAUAUGAGCACAUAUCACUGAUUGAAAAGCAGCAGCUGAACAUUAUUUUAAAAGUGACAAACUAUGCUCUUAGUGUCGGUUGCAUCAUAGAUUAUGUCGAAGAUCAACGGUUUGUAUUGAGCGCGUGUGAUUACGCAAUUUUGCGUCACAAGGACGACAAGUCUUUACUUCAAUUAGCUCAAUCUGUCUAUGAAGCUAUGGGGAAAACACCGACCGACUUUGGAAGUCUCGAGCAGGAAAAGAGUAUAGUUUCACAACUGUUGGUAUCUAAUGGAUCUAUGGAUGUUGAUAUACAAAUUCCCGCACGACGCGUGUGUCCUAUCUGCACAAGUGAUAUCCUUCAAAAAUCGCCAUUUUGA